AUGGAUCAUUCCCAGUGCCUUGUGACUAUAUACGCCUUGGUGGUUCUGCUGGGGCUCCGGCUGGAGCAGGGCGCCUGCCAGCACUAUCUGCACAUCCGACCGGCUCCCAGCGACAACUUGCCCUUGGUGGAUCUAAUCGAGCACCCGGACCCUAUCUUUGACCCCAAGGAAAAGGAUCUUAACGAGACCUUGCUAAGGAACCUCAUGGGCGGACACUUCGACCCUAACUUUAUGGCUAUUUCCUUGCCCGAGGACCGGCUCGGAGUGGACGAUCUGGCCGAGCUGGACUUGCUGCUCAGGCAGAGACCCUCGGGAGCGAUGCCCAGCGAAAUCAAAGGGCUGGAGUUUUACGACGGGCUGCAGCCGGGCAAGAAGCACAGGCUGAGCAAGAAGCUGCGCAGGAAGCUGCAGAUGUGGCUCUGGUCCCAGACCUUCUGCCCGGUUCUAUACACGUGGAACGAUCUCGGCAGCCGCUUUUGGCCCCGGUAUGUCAAAGUGGGCAGCUGCUACAGUAAAAGGUCUUGUUCAGUCCCCGAAGGCAUGGUUUGCAAACCUGCCAAGUCCGUGCAUUUAACGAUCCUGAGGUGGAGGUGCCAGCGCCGGGGGGGGCAGAGGUGCACAUGGAUACCCAUCCAGUACCCCAUCAUUUCGGAGUGCAAGUGCUCCUGCUAGGGCUGGCACUUACCUGCUCUCCCCCCUUCUCCAGCGGACUCACGUGGACCUUUGCUGCAACAGAAAUAAAAGACAUUUGCUUUCUGGUUAACGUUGUCAUGCACUGUAACGUGUAGGAGAAUGUAUAUUGUGUGUAUAUAUGGCACCAUUUUAAUAUACUAUUAAAAGGUCAGUAUUAUACGUGAAAUAAUCAGCGUCUACUGUAUUUUUAAGACUAUUACCCUGA